UUGUCUGAAAUUAUUAAAUACAAUAAAUUAAAUAAUUAAAAAUGAAAAAACCGUGCAUCGCACGAGCUUCCAUCUAGUGGAAUAUAUUAAGAAUUUUUAAAACAGAAGUCAUAUGAAGUAUUUUUUAGCAUAAUAAUAGUAAAAAAAAACAAGGAAAAUUUAAUAACAAUAAACCAACCUUUGCCCCAUUCUCCCAUAACGAAACAACCUUUAAAUCUGCUCAAAAUAAACACAAGUUUGUAUUUUUUCUCUCAUAAUAAACCCAACUGACCUAUGACCUGAACAAUCGGUCAUUUUAUUUAUUUUCCUUUAAUUAUUUUUUUUAGAUUAACAAAAUAAAUUAAAUUAAAUUAAAAAAAAAUAAAAAAAAAUAAAAAACUCAAACCUCCCCUAACCCCACUGCCAACCCCUCCUCCAUUAAAUCCGGCCACCAUGCCCUUCACCACCUCCCUUUCCGGCCACCCUCCCCUUCACCUCUCUUUCCAACCACCUUGUCUUUCUGGCCACAACCCACCCGAAACCGGCCAAUCCCCACCCGAAAACCCCCACCGGAACCGAACAAGCCUAAAACCCCCACUCGGAUUCCGGCAUCCUCCAAGACCCCCACCCUUGAAAUCGGUAUAUCCUUAAACCCCCACCAGCCACCACUUACACCGACGCCGCCCAAAACCAUCUCCCCUAUCUUUAAAACAAAUCACCUUACUCAUAUGCUUCAAAACACCACCAUCUUUACCAAACUCAGAAGCAUUGGGUGCCUUUGCUACUCUUGGCUUUACCCAAUACUUCUCGUCUUCUCCUGAAUUGCACAUUCUACUCCUUCCAUCUUUGUCAGUUAUUCUCCAUUUCUACUUCCAGAACCUCUACUACUGCCUUGAGGCCCUUGAUCUAACCACCAACAAAAUCUAUACUUCUUGUUGUGUCAAAUUCAUUUUAUCAAUACUUCAAUAACUAAAUGUCUGCCCCUCUAUUUUCUCAUCCUACAUUCCAACCUGCACCCGAUAAAUUGAAUUGGGCACCAUCUUAAUUACCUCCAAAUCUAUAACUACGCAAAGUUUGCAACAAAUUGCUUAUGAAUCUGAAUAGUAACUUCCUCAGUGAAUUGAUCUCCAAACAAAAACACAACACAACAUUAAUUAAAAAUAAAAUAAUUAAAUAAUAAACACAACCCUCUGCUGCCCAGUACUAGCGCCACCAACUCGCAACCCCUCGCGCUACACAACCUCGCCCACCGGCAGCCACCAAUUCGAACAAGCAAAAUCAUAAUGGGGCGUUGAGUGGUGUCAUGGAGGGUGGCGGAAAGGGAGGGGGGUCACCGGAGUCAGGGGAAUGGGUUGAGCACCGGCUGCCAGCCGCCGGCAGUGUAGGGGUGGUGCUGUGCUUGGAGGUGUUGCUGGCGUUUGGUGAUGAUGUUGUGGUUGUUCUUUGUUGUGGCAGUAGGGUGGUUUUGAUUUUAUUUUAUUUUUUUUUUAUUUCUUUUUUUUGUAAGAAUUAUCAAAAUUUAAAAAUUAAAAAAAAAAAAACUUGACCAAUGAUUUAAUGACAUGUGGACUUUUACCUGUUAUAACAGGUAGGUAACCUGCUUGGUCCAUUUUGAGCGAAAAAUGGCAAACUUCUGUCUAAUAUGGGCAGAUUUAUAGGUUUGUCCAUUUUGGGAGAACCGGCCAAAGGUUGGUCUAUUUACGUUAAUUUUUCUAAAAAACAAAAAAAAAAAGUAAUUAGCAUAAUAAAGUUAGUUGUUUGGGCCGUACUUGGGCUUUAAUUCUAUAUGUUGAACCUUACCUGCACAAUUAGACCUCUACUUAAUUUCCUUACAUUUAUAACGUUAGGUUUUGUGCCAUAUAAUUCUCUCUAAUUUAUUUCCCUCCAAAAAAAACGGUAAUUUAAAUAGAUGAAUGAAGACUUUGAGAUCAGCUGUGAAAAGCUGUUUCUACGAGGUUCCUUCUCUCCAUUGUCACGCAUUGAAGCUUGGAACAAUAGAAAGCACUUACGAUGCAAACGUUAUCGUAAGCGGGUAUGCGAAACACGGUCAUUUGAAGAUUGCACACCAACUGUUCGACGAAAUGUCUCGCAGAGAUACUGUUUCUUGGAACACCAUGAUUGCUGGCUAUGUAAAUUCUGGAUCUUUUGGUCCCUCUUGGAAACUAUUGAUUGAUAUGAGACGGCGUGGAUUCGCGGUCGAUAAGUACACUUUUGGUAGUAUUCUUAAGGGAGUUGCUUCCAAUGGAGAGUUUAGUUGUGGGGAGCAAUUGCAUUCUAUGGUUAUUAAGGCGGGGUCUCAAUUUAAUGUUUAUACUGCAAGUUCACUUUUGAAUAUGUAUGCUAAGUGCGGGAGGAUCGAGGAUGCGUAUUCGGUGUUUAAGAUUAUGCCUAACCGUAGUUCUGUCUCUUGGAACGCUAUGAUUGCAGGGUUUGUGGAGCAAGGUGAUUUUGAGACUGCAUUCGAGCUUUUCGAUGGCAUGGGAAAAGAGGGCGCGAAGAUUGAAGAUGGAACAGUUGCACCAUUAUUAACAGUACUUAAUGACCCUGAUUAUUUCCGGUUACCUAUUCAACUGCAUUCAAAGAUUAUCAAGCUUGGGUUGAGUACUAACAAUAUUGUUUGCAAUGCUCUUCUUACGUCAUAUUCUGAGUGCGGUUCGUUGGAAUAUGCAGAGAAGAUGUUCUAUGGUGCCUUUGAUGUUCAUGAUUUGGUAACUUGGAAUUCCAUGCUGGGGGCAUACCUUCUACAUAACAAGGAAAGCCUUGCAUUUAAAGUAUUUGUUGAUAUGCAAUUGUUUGGUUUCGAACCUGAUAUAUAUACAUAUACCAGUGUUGUCAGAGCCUGUUUCAAAGAGACACAUCAGCUGUAUGGAAAAUGUGUCCAUUGCUUGAUAAUAAAGCGGGGACUAGAGAGUUCCACAGCAAUAGCCAAUGCAUUAAUAGCUAUGUAUAUGAAGUCGACUGAAAAAGCUGUAGCAGAUGCACUAAGAUUGUUUGAAUCAAUAGAUCCUAAAGAUUCCGUCUCUUGGAAUUCUGUUGUAACUGGGUUCUCACAGUUUGGCUUCAAUGAAGAUGCAAUAAAGUUCUUUGGGAAGAUGAGGUCACAUAAUUUUGGGAUUGAUCACUAUUCUCUUUCUGCAGUCCUGAGAUCUUGUGCAGACUUAGCAGCCUUGCAAUUGGGCCGUCAAAUUCAUGCUUUGACUCUUAGAUCUGGAUUAGAAACUAAUGAGCAUGUAGCUGGCUCCUUAAUUUUCAUGUAUACUAAAUGUGGCCUACUUGACAAUGCUAGAAAGUCUUUUGAAGAAACCCCAAAAGACAGCCCAAUUACUUGGAACUUUAUCAUUUUUGGGUAUGCUCAGCAUGGGCAAGGCAAAAUCGCUCUUGAGCUUUUCCAUCAGAUGACAGAAAGUAAGGUGAAGCUUGAUCAUGUGACCUUCGUUGCUGUCCUAACUGCAUGUAGCCACAUGGGUUGGGUGGAAGAAGGUCGAAAUGUUCUUAAAACAAUGGAAUCAAAGUAUGGCAUUACACUGCGAAUGGAACAUUAUGCUUGUGCUAUUGAUUUGUUUGGAAGAGCUGGGCUCUUAGGUGAGGUGAAGUCCUUGGUCAAAUCAAUGCCAUUUGAGCCUGAUGUAAUGGUGUGGAAAACUGUAUUGGGUGCAUGUAGAAGCUGCGGAGAUGUCGAAUAUGCAACUAAGGUUGCAAAUCAUCUGCUUGAAAUCGCUCCUCAAGAGCACUGUAGUUAUGUUAUCCUGUCUGAUAUCUAUGGGCGUCUUAAGAGGUGGGAAGAAAAGGCUAAUCUGACAAGGUUGAUGAGAGAAAGGGGAAUAAGGAAGGUCCCAGGCAGCAGCUGGAUAGAGAUAAACAAUGAAGCUCAUGCUUUUAAUGCCGAGGGUAGUUGUCAUACCAAUGUCAUAGAAAUAUAUGCAACCUUAGAAGGACUUAUGAAGGAAAUCAGAAUGCUAAAAGAUGCCUCUAACUUAGAGAUUUCUGUUGAGGAGUGGGCUCUCCUUGAUGUUGAUUGCUGAUGACUCGCUGACAGUUCAAGCAUAUAUCGUGGACUUGGCAGCAAAGGUAGUUAUUUGAACAUUUACCUCUAGCUCAUGUCCUGGAAUUAGCCUUUUAGAUGGAAGUAUAAUCUACUCUGCAGUUCCAUCUUUAGGAUUAACAUGCUAUCUGCUUCAUCAAAUUAUGACAACAUGCUCAACCUUUGUUGUUUUAAUUUGCAUAAAAUGGCAGUGACAAUUAAAAAUAAAGAGGAUGUGGAUUCCCAGUUACGCUGUUAUACGGUUUGUUGGUGUCUUUUCACUUGAUUUUCUUUUUGUCCUUUCUAAUGGACCUGGAGAGUGAAGUGGUGGUAUCCAUGACAUAUAACAGCCACGGAUCCAUAAAUUAGCUUUUGAGUAAGUCCCAAUGAAAAAAGCAUUUUGCUGUUUUUAAUCACUAAAAAAAAUUCAAUUACAAUGAACCAUUAAUUAUUAAAAUAAAUCACAAUUUAGCUCCUUUAAAAAAACAUGUUAAAAAAAAAGUGAUGCUAAAAUGGUUGGGGCCAUGCCAUGCCAUGGGCCAAUGACAUUGAAUAUAUGUUUCGUUGAUAAAGUUUAGAGAUAUAUCUUGGUUUCUAGCUAUUCU